UGGGUCCACAUACUAAGCUGACAUAUGUAUCUCCGGACAUUGCGAGGCGUUAAGUCAUAGGUCUUCCUGUGGUAAACGGUCGACAUUCAUGACGCCAUAUUCCGCUUCUGGUGUUUAAUCACACCACCAAACGGUGCUGUUUUCCCAAAUGGUAGCUGCUUAUUCGGAUCAGCGACGGAAAUCCCUGAAGCGAUCCUUCUGUGAGCUGGGCGUCACAGCCUUGCCGGGCGGACUUUUCGUGCGCGUUGGCCGGCGCCCUUCACACACUGUGACGUCGGACUGAGGCCCGGGUACACGCGUCACAUCGGCUGGUCGCUGGGUGUUUAUACUGAGUUUGGACAGAGUAACACAGACAUAUACAGCGGCGCCAGCGCGGUCAGCAGUGCACACAGAGGUGAGGAACGCCGCGGCGGGAGCUGCGGCUGCCGGACAGACGGGAUCGCGGCACGGACAGGACAGACGGAUCGCGGCACGGACAGGACAGACGGAUCGCGGCACGGACAGGACAGUAGCACGGGCACCACUGGACAACAGACAGCACGGCACGGACACGAUGAAGACGUUUAUUCUGCUGACAUUCCUCACCUUAUUGGCGUACACGGGAGCCCAGGUGGACCCGGCCAGCGACGAUGCUGCGUUUCUGGCGUCACUGCUCGGGGAGGUGCCCGCCGAAGGGACCAACCAGGAGAGCCUCGGCGCCGGCGGCGGCCAGAAGACGGCGAAACCCAAGUGCGGCAGCACCUCCGACAUUGACUCGCUGACCUCUGAGCAGUUCCUGGCUCUGCUGUCGGGUGACUGUGAUCCUGUGGAGCCGGAGCCGGAGCCGCAAGAGCCGGUGCAGCUGUGCGAGCGUGGCGAGUUCCAGUGCACGCCGUACCACCGGUGUCGCGAGGAGGACAUCUACAGCGACGGCAUGGGCGACUUCAGCGUGCGCAUCGGACUGGCGCAGUACGAGCGAGAGCGCGACUACAUCCAGCACUCGGAGUGCCCGCGCUUCGGCGACGUGUGCUGCAGUAAUCCGCUCCCCGUGCAGCCGUCCACCCCGCGGCCCCCCGAGCCGUACACGCCGCAGUGCGGCCGGCGCAACCAGGACGGUCUGGGCGUGCGCAUCGCCGGGUUCCGCGACAGCGAGACGCAGUUCGGCGAGUUCCCCUGGGUGGUGGUGGUGCUGCAGAUCCAGGAGGUGGGCGGCGAGCAGCGGCUGACGUUCGUCUGCGCCGGCUCGCUGGUGCACCCCCAGGUGGUGCUCACGGCCGCCCACUCUGUGGACGACAUGGCGGACGCCCGGCUGGUGGUGCGACUCGGCGAGUGGGACACCCAGCACGAGUCCGAGCUCUACCUCCACGAGGACUAUGACGUGAGCUCCAUCAAGAUCCACCCACAGUUUCACGCUCGCCUGCUGCGGGACGACGUGGCGAUGCUGGUGCUGAACCAGCCCGUGCCGCUGCAGUCGCACAUCGACACGCUCUGCCUGCCCGACCCCGCCGUCAACUACGACAGGGCCGCCUGCGUGACCGCCGGCUGGGGCAAGGACGCCCUCGAGGACGGCCAGUUCCAGACGGUGCUCAAGAAGGUGGACCUGCCGCACGUGCCGCGCGCUCAGUGCCAGCGCAUGCUCCGCAAAACGCCCCAGCUGGGACGCUACUUCCGGCUGGAUCGCUCCUUCACCUGUGCCGGAGGUAACGAGGGCGAGGACGCCUGCAAGGGUGACGGCGGCGCGCCGCUCGCCUGCCGCGACCCGCAGCAGCCCGACCGCUGGGUGCAGAUCGGCGUGGUCUCGUGGGGCGUCGGCUGCGGGGUGUCGGGCGUGCCCGGAGUCUACGCCGAUGUGCGUCCUCACGUGGGCUGGAUCAGCGAGACUAUCAGUGAGGUGGAGCGGGAGCAGCAGCAUGACAUUGACCUCAGCAUCUUCGAGCGGCGGCUGACCGGACCGCCCGUCUGAGAUUGCUGUUUGAAUUGGCUAAGGGACUGACGAUGAGAGAGUCUUAACGAAAAUAACCUUUGUGUCUAUGCAAAGAAGUCAAAAGUGUCUCGAUUGUAUGAUUCAGCGCUUCGUAUGUUACGAAAUGCGACAACAUGCACGGUUUACAGCGUGUGGAAGCGUAAUAUGAUUAAAACUCUUGCACGGAGCCUUAGCCUAGUAAUUGGGAUGUAAAUAAAUCAAUAAAAAUUAAUCAAAAACGUAAAAAUGCAGUGCUUCCAAAUAUACCACACAUAUAUAGCACACGGUCUCAGAAAAUAUUUAGCUCCGUAUUUGAUAUGUGGGCAAUUUGUAAAAUUGAUUUAAACGCAAUCUUUUUUUAAAGACAACGGAUACAUUAAAACUUCAAAAAAGUAUAAAAUGCAUGUUACCGUCAAGGCCAGUUUGAGAAAUAACAUCAAAAAUGGAAAAAGUCAAUUUAACACUUUUUAGGUAAGAUAAACAAAACAAGUCACUUUUUGACUGUUUGGCUGUCAUUUCUCGUUUUAGCUGGCUAUCAUUUCCCUUUUAUCUCGUUAGCUAAAAACUUGAAGGUAUACUUUUCAACAACGCACGGAAAAACCCCGACGUCUCUUUUGAAAAGGAAACAGGCAUUUACACAUGAACAGCUUAACGCGAACAUCGAGGCCACAUGAAUAGCAAAAUACAUAGAGUUUAUUAAUGCUGAAUGAGCCGCUACACGUAAUAAGAAUCUUAUUUGUGAUUUUACUCUCCUACCGUGCAUAUGAGACAAGCAUCUUUUAAAUAAAACAAUGUAAAUCAGAAAACAGUUCUAAGCUUAUGUUUCUUUGUUUGAAAUAUGAAACAGUUUCGACAUGGUUUCUUGAGCCUUUUGCUGAUUCUCAUCGGCUGUGCUGUAGUGCGAGGAGAUGAGGUAGACGUUUCCGUUCAAGAUGAUGGUGGAGAUGACUCUGAAGAAGUCAUUACGAAGGAGGAAACAAUAGUGGAAAGCAUUCCUGCUCCACCUCGCUCGUCUGCUGUCGAAAAGAUCCAGGUCGAAAAAGUAGAUGUAACAGGGCCAGAUCUGGUCAAGUUGACAAGAAGGAUAGAAGAUGCUCUCAAUGCAGUCAUUGCAAAAGUAGUGCAAAGGAAAAAAGAGAUCGCAAACGAGCUUCGUAAAUUUGAGGUUGGAAUAAUGAACAUUCUUAGACUUCUGGGCUCUGUGCAGCCCAGGUCACGCCGUGAAGCAAAGAAAGGAAGACAGGCUGCCCCCAGUCCAGAUGACGACGAUGAUGAUGACGACGACGACGAUGACGAUGACGAUGACGACGACGAUGAUGACGAUGAUGACGACGAUGAUAAUGAUGACGAUGACGACGAUGACGAUGAUAAGAGAUGAGUGCUUGGCAGAUCGUCCACGACAUUUUGGUGUAUUUGAUCAUAGGUCACAAUCGAUCAUCAAGAUGAAUGCCAACCAUACGUGUAAUUUGUGCUACUUUAUCACAUUCGACUGUCAUCUUUGCCAUCAAUCGAUGUGAACGAACCGCUGUGUCGCGACUGUCAUGUCAUGACCACUACGUCAUUCAAUAUGAAAGGCAAUAAUGACUGCUGCAUUAUC